CCGGACAAGAUACGAUGGAAGCUGUUUGCGCGCUAUUUUGCAUCACAGCAGCAUAUCUUGAUCCUGCUUCUGCAACGUUGAGCGCAAAAGUUGGUUGAAAAUAUGGUGUAAUUUUUCGAUGGCGCCCUACACGAAGUGGAAAUGGAAAUGGUCAACUUUAKAGGAUAUUACUUUAAUGCUUUCGUGUGUUGAUCAAAAAAAAGCUUAAUUCCAGAGAACUAAAAUUAGGCUCUGUUAGCUAGCGGAACAUUCCACAUUUCAAUUGACCUGUUUUUGAAAAACAAUUGCGACGAUAAGAGUCUUUAAUUGUCUGUUUAUUUUAUCAUACACUCAAAUAGCGAGAGAACGAGGACGAAUCGCUCAAAUCUCUUACUCUAUAACCUAAAACUCCUCAGGCGCUCCUGCUUGGGGAGGGGAUGUUUGCAAUGCAAGUCAUUUUCUAUCUAUAGAACCGAUAAGGAACGCCAACAAAAGAAGCGGCUCUUUAUAGAUGUUGAUUCCUUUUGUGUGUAAUUUUGAAUUUUUCGCACCAAAACGUGACUGCCUAAAAAUAUAUGUCAAAUCGAAGGUGACAAAACAUCAAAUAAAACCGACCUAAUUUGAUCAAAUUAUAAGGGAAUUUUAAGAUAUUAUUUUCAACUAAGUGAUUUGCCUGAAGCAAUGUUCAUUUUUGUGAUGGAAUACUUUAUGCCUGGUAGCUGGUUGGUGUUGUCAGUCAGGUUUAGGAUUUCCUGAUUACUAUUAACUUUGUUUUGUGUUCGUUUGUUUGAAAGAUUUGGUUAUGAGAAAUUCACUAAUGAUGAAAAUAAAAGCUACGGUGCUAAAAGUAUGAGAAUCGGAUCCGAUCAGACAGUCGCUCGAUCUUCGAGCUAAAGAAUAAUGAAAGGAAAGUGAAAUAAAUAAAACAAAAAGGUCUCACUUCACCCUUAAUGUCAAUGAAUGUAGACCGUGGGUCAGAGAAGAAAAGUUGUACGUAUUGAGUUAACUUUAGUUCGAGAAAAUAUCGGCCAAGCAUUGAAGUGCAGAUUGAGUCAGACAAGAUACUAAGAACGACAAGUAACGUUUGAAAUCAAGAAACGAACCCAGAAUAUGAAUGCAAGCAACUCGACAGCGAUGGCCUGCGCCGAGUACAAGGAGACGCCGCUGACCCAAGCCUUCAAGACGCUUGUGUACGUCUUAAUUAUUCUAAUAUCAAUCAUUGGUAACAGCACAGUCAUUUACGUCGUCUAUAGGAACAUUCAAGAACGUAACAUGACAAACUGGUYCAUCGCUAAUCUCGCCGCGUCCGAUAUUUUAAUAACGUUCACUGGUAUGCCAAAUAUGAUCACAGAAUUGUAUAUGCCUCAUUGGAUAUUUGGAUCUUUCGUCUGUAAGAUGGUGGUGUACCUCCAGAGCGUAGCAGUAGCUUGUUCAGUCUUGACUCUAUUAGCAGUGACUGGUGAUCGAUACUUGUGCGUCGUGUCUCCGCUUCGGCGCCGACCAGGUAUCGAUCAAGCCAAGUACAUCGUAGUUGUAAUAUGGAUCAUAAGUUUAAGUAUAAUGGCGCCUUUGAUUUCAGCGCAAAAAGCUAAAGCUUAUCCUGAUGGAAAGUACUACUGCGUCGAGGAAUGGGGUCCACCAUUCAACCCCUCACAGGCGCCAAAAGACUUCACUAUUAUCCUCUUCACCGUCAUGUAUCUCUCGCCACUUCUAGGAAUGGCUUUUUUAUACCUCAGAAUCUGUCAAACGCUUUGGAAGCGAAAGGCGCCGGGCGAGCAUAUCAACCAAACCGAGCUGCAAAUACAGAAAUCACGUAAGAAAGUUUUCCACAUGCUUGUUACAGUCACUGCUGUGUUUGCUGCAUGUUGGCUUCCUCUAUGGGUCUUUCAGUUCAUCAUGUUCUUCGCGCCUGGUGCCAUCUCCUGUCAGAGAGACAUCAAGGCCUUCUAUUUCGUUUCCUUGUUCCUGGCUCAUGCGAACAGCGGCAUCAAUCCAUUUCUGUACUCAUUCUUCAACGUGAGUUUCCGCGAUGGCUUCAAGAAUGUCAGCCGUUGUUUGCGCACUAGUUUACACCUAGAAUCACGAAACCGUGUAGCGCCGACUAGUGCUGCGGUCAUUACGAAACUUGAUACACUGAAAGUUACCGCACCGACCACUAACACUAAGGCACAUUGUAACGCAUCUUACAAUAACCCUGCAUUCAAGGAGUAAGAAUAAACCUAACACUGCAUUCAAGGAGUGAGAUAUGCGCCAGACCUUUAGAGCUUAGAAAUGGUUGGCUUCCCACUAGCUUUGUGUCGUGGUUUCCCUACGAAAUUCUUGUGUUGUCCCAACAUAUUCUGCGUGUUUGGAAACAAAGAAGAUGUUGUCUAAAAUAUCCGAAAACGAAGAUCCAUUGGAUUUCAGUUGUCUAUUUUUGGAAGAGUCGAUAACGAACUACACACAAACACGAGUAGUUACUUGUGUGUUAUUCUUGAGCCAGAAACCUGGACUUUAUUCCUGGUCCAGGCGAUUGCAUUGCGUCGACGUCCUGGCGAAGAUACUUUACUUUUGCGUGCCCUCACUCACCGUACCACGUAUCAAACUGUCGAGAGAUUCCUGGCAAGAUCUUGCUGGGGACAGCUUGUUAAGGACUAUCGAAGUGAUAUGAAUUAAUGAAUUAAGACGGCCUUUUCUCAGUUCUAGAUUCUAGUAGGCAAAAAGGAAACGGGUUAAAAUUGCGAUUAUAACUAAUGAUCAUGUUUUCGUUUGUCACUCGGUUAUUUAUCUUCGCAACAACAACAAAAAAAUAAUAAGUUGCUGUUUUUUCUUUAAAUUUCAAAGAAAGAAAUUUUGAUUGAAAUUUGUACAAAUGUAAAUUAUUUUGGCCUGCGUAAGACUAGUACACCUGGAACAGCCCUUGAAAAUAAACUAGUGAUAAACGUCUGCGCAUGCUCGCAGUCUGUAUGCAAAUUAGUCCGGAACGUCUUCGUGCUGCUUUGAAACUUACUUCUGAAUGAUAGGCAAAAUUUGUUUUUCAAAGUCUUUUCAAAAAUGCUAAAAACGUAAAAUCACUUUUUCAAACUAAUAUCGCACGCAUGCGCCAAAGUUGUUUUACUCUGACACGGUCAUGUGAUAUUUUGAUAAUUUUCUUAAUGGGAAAGCUUGAUUAAAGCUAUUAAAUAAUGCGGAUAAUUUGUUAUAGAAAGAAUUUUAAAAGGAAUAACUAAACUCAUUUUAAGUCGGCGGCUGCCUCUCUAGAGGACAUUUUUAGAUUGGGAUUACAAACCAAUGGAACGCUAGCGUCAAAAACUACGAUUAUAGAUUUAUAAUGUCUAUUUAAAAUGCAAGAUUAAAAACUAUAAUUAAGUUAUUUGUAAUGAAUUAAUCUCAUUGUUAAAAAGUAAAGAUAAAGUUGUGAAUAAACACUUAA